AUGAAAAUAUUGAUUUCAGGUCGAGCGUCUCGCAGUGAAGAUGUUGACCAAAAGUUAAGGGAAAUCAACCCGUCGAAAACAAGUGCCAUUGACGUUACUAAAGAAGCUCCUAAAGAAAAACAAGUUGAAGAAACAAAAGACAAGAAACAAGUAAUUGAAAUAUUCGUAUACGAUGAAGACGACAAUGAAAUUCCAUACGAAUUUUAUGGUGAACCAAAAAUAACUGAAGAAGAAAUGUUAGGCGAAGGGGAAGAUGCGCCGGUUGAUACAACGGAAACGGAUGAUCAAGAUUUGGAAACAAAGUCAGAAGAAGAUAUAGCCGCUAAAGUGGCAAAAUUUGUCGCUGAAGUGAAUGAAUUAAAAGAAGAGAGAAUAGAAGAUAUGGAGAGAACUUUCGAUCAGAUUGCAGCCACAGUGAAUAGAUUCAAAUCGGCCAAUUAUGAUCUUGGAUAUCAGAAGUUUCAUUAUGAAUUUGUUGGUCAUUAUCUCCAGGCUAAGCCGGAAGAAGUGGAAAUGGUCCGGCAAAUUCUACAGACUUUCUUAGAUGAGAACAUGGAUGUUAUUGUGCCUGAGCUAGAAGAGGUUGAAGAGGAAGAGCAACCCAUUCCUGACAUCGUAAUGGUGUACUCUGUGCCUGGAAUAGGACCAGAAGUAGACUCUGAUAUUAUACAUGAGUUCGUUGAGUAUGCACUGGAUGUGAGUAAAGUCCAGGCUGACAUGUUCAUGCCUAGAAACAUCAGACAUUUCAUGUGCCCGCCGCUUGAAAAAUACGAAGAAUACAAGUACGAGAUACCGGCUCCGCGUGCACCUAAAGAAGAGGUGGCAACUGGUGGAAUUAUUACCGAUUGA